CUGAAUAGUCAUCAAUCACUUCGCCUCUUUUUCUUCUUAAUGCAAUAUUAUCCGUAAUUGUACGGUAAGAAUAACGUUGGUAUAAUCAUUUUGGCAGGUAUCACGCAGAACGCUUGUUUUGCGUUGUCGAAGAUGCGCCGGGAUGCGACUUAAUGCGGUCAAAAAUAAGUUACGGAAACAUGAUCAUUUUUAUACGGCUGCAUUACAACAUUAUACAAUUCAUUAGUAUGAUUGAAAUUUAUCACACAAUACCGUUUAUACUGGACCUCCUAGGAAUGGUUAUCGCGCUGAGCCUCGCGUUAACGCAGGUACUCAACAUUGACAAUUUUGAAGCAGCGAUAAGAGCCGUCGGUGUCUCUAUUGUGACACUAUCGUAUCUAUUCAUAUCUAACUAUAUGGGACAAAGAAUCACAGACGUGAGUACGAGCGCAUGCGAGAAGGUAUACAACUCUGCAUGGUAUAAUGCAGACGUCUUCGAGCAGAGAUCUCUAUUGUUAAUACUGAAACGACGCUUCCGCCCGCUCGUUUUAAGCGCCCGAAGGUUUUACGUGAUGUCUUUGCCAAGUUUUGGAUCAGUAAGAACAAAAUGCGCCAUAAUAUACAUCGAUAUACGAAAGCCACAAUGAGACAAAUGGUACACUUGAGAAUGUUUAUCAUUUCAAGAUACUUCGGACGGCGAUUUCCUAUUGCAUGUUCAUGAGACAACUCUGAAGAUACUUCCAUCAGUUAUAAAUGCAGACUUGAAAAUAGAAAAUGUAGUCUUUUUUGCAUGUAAUUUACGUCAGCCCACGUAGGUUUAUAUAGAAAACACGUUAGCGAUCUUGUGCCUAACACUACGUCGAAAUUUAUUUUUCGUGAAAAGAAGCAAAUUUAUUAUAGUGCAUCUGGCAGGUAAGUGUAUGCAAAUAUCCAAUAAACACAAACUAUGUAACAUUAAUAUUAUAAUUUCCUACUCAACAAUGCGACUGUUACAACAAACGUUACAUUCAUAUUGUUGAGUGGGAAAUUCUAAUAUUGAUAUUAUGUAAUUAUUAGACGAUGUUUACUGACAUAUAACGUAACGAAAGAUGAAUGUAAAUUCACGACAUACAUUAACAAAAUUUGUAAAUCUUUCCUUCUUGUUUAGAACAAAAAGGUAGAUCAAGAUUCGAAGACGGCAUUGAGACAAUGUUAUUUUUUGUAAAUGUAGGAAUUAGUUAACUGAAGUGUCAUGCUA